GAUAUUUAUUUUUUUGUGUUUAGGUUACCUCCAUGGCCGAAGAAAAACUCGCUAGCGGAUUAACUAUGUUAUCUGACCUAUAGCAUUCCGUUUUGAGCUCUUGAUGCUGUAAUUGCUAUAGAUAAUGCGAAUAUUGAUGUUUUGUUCUCUUAUCUCAAUGAAGUUAUGUUGCUUGUAAAACUGAUUUACGCGCGUACUCAAUUUCAUUUGUCAAGACAUUUAGCAGCUAGCUUGGGCUAGCUGCCCAUACUUCGUGUUAGCGUUAGUUACGCCAACUUUAUUUCAUUGCAUCCGCUUCAUUUUGACAUUACACCACUCUUCAGCUGACAUAAUAGUUCUAAACAACACAGUGGGACCACAAAGAGCCUCAGAGAAUGCUUGCGACGGGAGCAGCUGUUACUAACGUCACAGCCCUGGCCCAGGUAGACCGGGAAAAGAUCUACCAAUGGAUCAAUGAGUUGUCCAGUCCAGAGACCAGAGAAAACGCCUUGCUGGAGUUGAGCAAGAAACGCGAGUCUGUGCCGGACCUGGCCCCAAUGCUCUGGCACUCCUGUGGCACCAUUGCUGCCCUGUUGCAGGAAAUAGUGAACAUCUAUCCAUCUAUAAACCCACCUACACUUACAGCUCACCAGUCUAACAGAGUGUGCAACGCCCUGGCACUUCUGCAAUGUGUCGCCUCACACCCAGAGACACGGUCAGCUUUUCUUGCUGCGCACAUUCCUCUUUUCCUUUACCCUUUUCUGCACACUGUGAGCAAAACAAGGCCAUUUGAGUACCUGCGACUUACCAGCCUCGGGGUCAUAGGUGCCUUGGUGAAAACAGAUGAACAAGAAGUGAUUAACUUCCUCCUCACUACUGAAAUCAUCCCACUGUGUCUGCGCAUCAUGGAAUCGGGGAGUGAACUCUCCAAGACGGUUGCCACAUUCAUCCUGCAGAAGAUCCUGUUGGAUGACACAGGCCUGGCUUACAUAUGUCAGACGUAUGAACGCUUCUCCCACGUGGCCAUGAUUCUUGGUAAAAUGGUGCUCCAGCUCUCUAAAGAACCAUCAGCUCGACUGUUGAAGCAUGUUGUUCGCUGCUACCUUCGCCUCUCAGAUAAUCUCAGAGCCAGAGAAGCCCUGCGUCAGUGUCUGCCCGACCAGCUGAAAGACAGCACCUUCGCCCAGGUGCUGAAAGACGACACCACCACCAAACGCUGGCUGGCACAGCUGGUCAAGAACCUGCAGGAGGGCCAAGUCACCGAUGCCAGAGGGAUCCCACUGGCUCCGCAGUGACGGGGACAAAGACACAGAGGGACUCUCUCGUCACUGUCUAGAUUUUGUAUUUUGCCUAAAGUGGUGCUAAGACUGACUGCAACACGAAGGACAUAAUAAAGGAAGAUUUGUUUUUGUUUCUGGGUA